UCGUGGGAGUGUUAACCUACACAGUGAGCCUUGUGCAUCAUUAGAUGUAGACUGUAGCCAGAGCAGGAGUAAUUUUGACCCUCUUCCCGCCACCUCCGACACUUUUGUUCUACCUUUCGACCGCGUCGGGGAACUCUGUAACCCAGGCACUCCCCUACCCGAGCCGCUCCCGUCCCUUACCCCACAUCCAGGAGACAUUAUUGAGGAACUUCAGCCUAAAGAAAAUUUUAGUGAGGAGCUGAGUGACGUAUUUCCUCCUGCCAGCCACACUUUCAGUAUCACGGCCAGUAGCAAUCCGUUCUCCCUCUCGAGCCUUGGAGAGCCGUGGACUGAAAACCCAUUUUCCGUGGACACUGUCAACUGCACCAAUCCUUGCAGCCUGGUGAGGGACGUGAGACACGUGAGGCCGGGAAGCCCCACUACCAGAAGAACUAACAAACAAAUAUCAUCUCCAGGUGACGUUAAGAAGCCUGAUUUCUUUUGCUGGCCCUUAGUGGUGCCUGAGAUCUUGACGGAGCCGCUGGCACAGGCAGGCAACAGUGUGACCGUGGAUGCACCCAGCACCUCCAUGACCAAGGAAACGACCCAUUUUGUGAGCGAGAUGCAGCAGGAGUGGUGUGGCAACACUAAGGACUCAGGAGUGACAUUCGUUGCAAACUCUGAUCUGGAGGUUGAGGAUGAGAAAGCUGUCUUAGAAGGACCUUCACCACAGAGCCUUGCAAGCUUAGGCUCCCCCAAGACAACGUCCAGUGAUGAUGUGACAAAAGCUGACGAUUAUACCCUUCUGAAUCGUGAUGAAAGUAAAACAGUGGAAUCACAAAACACAGUUAGCUACUUCACCACGCACGGCGGCAGUCGCAUAGAGGAAGUGUUGCCCCACAAGUUAGUAGACGACAUAGUCCAGGAAGCGAAUAACGAUCCGCCGUCUGCCUGCACAGAAGCCAUACUAUCGCCACGCUUUCAGUCGCACACGCUAAGAGGAUCCACUCCACCGGAAGCCUUAAAUCACCCCUCGGGUCAGGCUGCCGGAGAGAUGAUGGUUGCUUACAUAACAGAGGCGGACGGGGCAGAGGGGGUCUCGGCGGAUGCUGCGGAAUCGCCUGGACACCAGUCUCCUCUGCACGUUCCUAGCGAUGUGGACGGGGACGGCGAGCUCUCUCAACCAUCCAGUGAAGUAACAGAGCCCGUGUGCGUUGAUCUCCUUGGCCUUCAGGUUGGGGGAGAAGCUACAGCCUUCUCCACCCCACCUGAUUACCCCGCUCCUCCCAUCCCGACCGACUCUGUAUGUUCUCUGAUCGACUUGAGUUUCGUAAGCUCCACCAACAGUAACGACAUUCUGUCCCCUUCUGCAGCAAGCGAUGUACCACUGACGAGCUCCGACUCUGGGAUCCCAGCGGGAAGUGAAGUAUUGUUGAAGGAUAUUUGUGCUGAGAACAGGAAAUUUUCUCAUUCUAGCAGUCUUGAGAACCUCACGUGUGAUAUUUCAUUUAAUUCACCUCCUAAUGCACAGAACGUGGAAUUAUGUAAGGUGGAGAAGCGAAAUGACGCUCUAUUUCCAAAUGUAUCAUCAAAGGAUGCAGGGAGCGUCGACAUCCAGAUUAACACCAGUCUCUCAGACACCCUCACAGAGACGAGCGUGGGAAGGGAUGGAAUCCACUUUUCUGAAGCCAAAAAAGAUGGUGAUCCAUUUAGUGGCGAUACAGUGGGUCAAACCAUUUCAGAAUUCCCAUUGGUAGAGGCAGUGGCAGGGACGGAGGGGGGCACGCAGGAAGCUAGGGACGACCCGCGUGAAGACAGCAGCAGCGCGGCGGACGGGCAGAAAGGGUCACCAGCGGGCACCUGCCUCAUCCCAGAGGAUGCCACGAGUGAGCUGAAAAAGGACCCACUUGAAGAAUUUCUUAACAUUGGAAGUCAUACUUGCAGUAAAGUUGAUAAAAAUGAAACAAGAGCUGAGCCUCCACUUUCAACUCCUACCAGAGAGAAAUAUGUGGAACAGGGAGAGAGCAAAGAAGAGGGCUGGGACUGCGCAACAGAGAGCCCCCGUUCCUCCGGGAAGGAAGAGACCAUCACACCCAUGGUAACUGCUUUAGAGGAGGCACAAACAAAGUCACACGUGAAAGGUGGGCCCCACCUCUGUAGAGAAAGCACUCUAUCGGAGGUCUCCUCUGAUAUUUUCGAGAAUGCUCGUGACGUUUGUCCCGCUGCUGACCCUCUGCUGGUGCAAAGGAUCAGCUCCUUGUCUUCAGAUCUCUCAGGCAGUGUCUCUGAUAACUUGAGCGCUAGUUCAGAACCAGUCUCUCAGCCCUCAGAAUAUAGGAGCCAGCUCUGUGACGAACCUGUUAUUACUGUUGCCAAUGAAAACACUUUUGAGCGGGAAUCAGCGUCCUCUGCUUACACUGAUGUUGUAAUCAACGAUUUCCAGCAGAUGCUUGAAAAUGAGAAUUCUGUCUCGUCAACAGUGACUCAGGCAAGCCAUGCGGAAACGGUUAGUGCACCUGAGUAUUCAGAUCUUAAGUCCUCAUCGGAGUUGUUGGGAAGUCUUGAGGCUACCGAACGUUGGGUCCUCGAAGCGUGCCAGAAUAACGUCAGUCCCGACAGGUCCUCGUCAGAUAAGCAACAGGCCGUCUGUGUGGAUGAAGAUAAAAGUGACGCUUCUGCGAGUGUCGAGUCGUCUUACCGUAGCCUGCUGGAGGAGAUCCACAGCUUCAGAAUUCCCUCGACUUCUAGCAGCACUGGUGAUGAAAUCAAGCCAAAAGCUGAUGCACGUUAUGAGGGCAGCAGGACCUCGGUGACCACAAAACAUGCAACUGUCCUCGUGGCGACCAGAAAGCAGUUCUGGGACUCAAUCAUUGCUGGAAACGCGGACGUCAGCAAGCCUCAGGAAUCCCUGAGCUCCGAGGACACUGAAAUCGUGAGCCAGGUGGAUGGAGACUCCCGAUGUGCUACAGUGUGUGCAGUGCGGGGUGACGAUGACGUGUUUGAUGACGUCCAUCAGAGAUCUGAAGAGAAGACACUGCAGCAAGAAGCCCCUAUUGGUCUGGUGAAGCGGAUGAAAGCUACUUGGAACAGCUUCAUGAACCAAAACCGCGACUCCACAAGAAGCAGUGCCACUGAGGAUGCUGGACACGCUGAUGUGGAACCCGACUCACUCAUUUCUCUGCAGGACAGGAAGCAAAUGUGGGAAAGUUUAGCGGAGCAGGGCGAGCCGCAGGUGAAUGGUGAGAAUCAGCAGCGUCACGGAAAAGUUGACACUCGUAGAGCGUCCUUGAUUCAACAACUAAUUCCAAAGACGCAGGACACUACUGCAUCGUGUUCAGGAUUUAGUGUAGGUGCCGCCGCUGUGCCGCCCGCCACACCACAUAGUCAAACUAGGCCAACCAGUGCCAGCAAUGCAGACAGAGAAAAAGACACUCUAGAAUGUCGAAAAGAGGGAGACGACUGUGGUGAGAAUGUGACGAAAGUUGAACAUUUUGAAAGGAAUGUGGUUAAGGUGAGAAAGGACUUAUGGGAAAGAAAAACUAAAGAGCAAGAAAGUAACAUGACUAGGCCGAAGGCUGGUGCCAGGAUCGUGGCGCUUGUGCCCAAGAAUGUGGCGAUGUGGGGAGAUGAACACUCACAGGAACAACAGCAGACAAAUAUGCCACAAGCUGUGAAAGGAAAGAAGUUGGAUGUGGUGGAGAGGAAAGGUAGCUGGAAGGAAAUGGAAGAUGCGGAUGAGUAUGAGAGGCAGGAGGGUGGAGCAGCGCGCGAUGUUGCACGUCGCUGUCCGAGCAUCAGGAUGAUCGAGAAGGGCAUCGUGCGGGCUCGAGCAGACCAAUUAGAGGAAGAACUUCUUCCGUUAGAAGAAGACAGCUCUCUGGACAAGAUGACUCUGCCUAGAGAGGAGAGAAAAGGAAAGACACCCUCGCUGAUUCUGCGAAGCAGCAAGCGAAAGCUAAUUUAUAGAAAGUCUAAGAAGAAAAGAGGAAAAGAAAGUAUCAGGUUAAAGAAAAGCAAGAGUUUCCGCCAAAUGAGCGUCAAGAUCAAAGACGGCACAGUUGUGGAACUGAGGCUUUUAUGGGAAGCGCUAGAGAAAGCUAAGAAAAAGGAGUCUCGCGUCAACAGGACUCGGCUUCACUCCUGCAAACUGAUGGAGGCCUCAGCGGUCACCGAAAGCGGAGGCAGAGACACAGCGUCCAGAGAAACUUCAAAGGUGGACGUCGCCGUCGCCGGUGCCGAAGAACCGCCGGUGCUCGAGCCUCCUCAGUCCUCUGAGGACGUAGAAGACAAGGACGUAGUUCGACACGACGAGCCGCUUGCUGAGCCAGACAUUGAGGAAGGUUUGGUUCAGAGUACCAAGCAAGUUUGGCUCAAGCUGGCGACGACGGGAGUUCUGAAUGGGGAGAGUGUCCUCAGGAGCUGCGUGAGGGCCCACAAGAAUAAACGGUCACCAUUGAGGACGACUGAGGCGCUAACAGAACUCGGUAAAGCCUCAGCCUCCGAGCACCGGAGCCUCGGAAUCCCAGACGGGGCCGUCUUUCUGGGAAAGGAAAAGUGGAAAGCCUCACUAUGGCAGUUUGAACCAGAAAAGGAUUUCUACCACUGGAAAAAGUCAAGAACGCUGCUCAGCGCCCAGGAAAGCACCAGACCAAGUCCUAGUAGCGUUUUGACGCUUCCUGGAAUGUCAGAAAAAACUACGAGUAAAAACAUUUCAAUAGAAAAAGGAAACGAGGAGCCCAUACCACGAGUAUUAAGUUUGGAAGACAUAAGAGCGGGUCGGGUGGAAGCAUGUCGCGACCUGUGGGAAGCAGGUGAGAACAAAAUUUCCGACAGUAACAAGAGAAAUGAUGCCAUGCAAGUCUCCGAAUCAACAGAAAAGAGUCCCACAUUUAGGAGCAUUGGAAAAGGGAGGGUACAGAGUGACAAAGAUAAGUGGGAAGCCAAACAUUUAGCGGAGAAGACACUUGCUGCCGGGGAGAGUCUAGAAGCUAAAGGAACCCUUCAGGCUGUGCACAAGAGCCGAAUAUUUACAGAUUCACCGUUUGCUUCAAUCGCCAACAAGGAAUCAGAUCGAAGGGAUGACAAAGUUGAUAAAUCUGAGGUUUCGUCCUCUGAAAGGAUUACAAGCAGCCACUUUACGACCACGAGACAGGUGUGGGAAGCGCAACAGGUUGCAGCCAAGCGGACCUCCUCCCAGCCCCUCCCUCGUCCAUUGGAUGAUGGCCAGGUCAGUGGGAACAGGCAGGAGCCUUCCUUGGCAGAGAAAUACCCACAGGAUGACAAUGAGAGCAUCACUGACAAUAUACAGGAAGGAGCUGUGCGGGAGGGUAAGAGACUGUGGGAAGAACUGAUAACGAAACCCGACGAGUUCAGUGAGUGGCGGAGAACGCGGGACGAGACUCGGAAACCCCCAAGGUGGGCGGGUGGCCAAUGUCCCGAGGCAUCACCGGAAACUGAUUUGGAGAAGACUGAAAUUUUAAGGAGUGAUUCGGAGAAGUACGAAUUGUCUGAAACUGAAUCUGCUGUACUGAACGACGAUGAUGCGACGACAUCAGCGAUGGGGGCGUGGGAGAAUGACGGGCCAAGCUUAGAUUCGGCGGCUAUCAUGGAGCCCGCCCACGCCCCAGCACUUCCUGGGAAGCUUAGUGACAUGAAAUUCAGUUCGGUGGAGGCAGAGUGCGGGAGUGACGCUAUCAGCCUUCCCGGAUCUCUGGUGUCUGAAGACGAGGCUGACGUGGCCACAACCAGCGGGAGGUCACUGCCCGACGCUUUAGGCAUCGCUGCCUGGCGCGGAGCAGCUCGGCCGUCAGGGGGUGUGGACUUGCUAAAGUGGAAACUGACCCCCAGACUAAUGCUUAUUGAGGAGGACGAGAAGACGGGGAGGGAAAAAUCAAGUGACCAACAAGACUUUAUAAAUAAGAUGCAGGAAGAUCUGGAAUGUGCUAAUCGCGAAGAUGAGGAACAGAAAAAGAUAGAGGACAAGGUAAUGAAAAGGGAGAAACAGGAUGAAGUCGAAGAGAAAAAGGAGAAAGAAAAAAAACAAAAGGAGGAGGAGGAGGAGGAGGAGGAGGAGGAAGAAGAAGAAGAAGAUGAAGAGAAAGAAGUGGAGGAAGAUGAGAAGGAACAGGAGGAGAAGGAGGAGGAGGAGGAGGAGGAGGAGGAGGAGGAGGAGGAGGAGGAGGAGGAGGAGGAGGAGGAGGAGGAGAAGCAGCAGCAACAGCAGCAGCACCAACAACUGGAGCUGGAAGGGAAAACGGAUCCACUUCAGGAAGAGAGAGAGGAUAAACAGAAAAUAAAAAGAUCAUCUCUGGUAAAGAGUUUGGUCGAGGAUAUCGAAACUGGAGAUGUUCCCGAGAUUGACUCCUCGCGCGGUAAUACUAAUGGCGAAGGCGCAGGAGAGCAGGUCUUCUUAGAGGUAGCACCUGCUUUUGAUGAGGUGCGGCAGUUUAAAGCGCUCGACCUUACCUCUGAAGAAAGUGAUGGCCCUAACCAGGAGUAUGAGUCGGCAGACUCCACGACAGGCUCACUCCCCGUAAAUAGCUCCCUCCAGGCUAACAAGAAGGCGUUUUGCGAAGCCAUGCUAUCAGAAUCUGACGCCAGCCUGGACGAUCUUUCCGCUUACGAGGAGGAUGACGAGGAGGAGAACGACACCCCUCCCGCCCUGCCCACAGCCAGUCCUCCACGCUCGUCUAGAGCGUCACAGUUCUUGCACGCAUCUUCCCUGAAGGACGGCGAGGGCAUAAUAUCUUGGGAUAACGAUGAACACAUGUGGGUAAGCAAGGAUACCUCGUACUCUGCAGAAGGGAUAAUGGAAAUCUUGCCUGUUACGCACGACUCAGCUACAGUACUUGCUGCAGGAAUUUCACCUCAUGGCUUGGAAAUCACAGAAUCCAAAGAAUCUGCUCAGGAUCACUGCGAUCAUUUUGCAUCGCCCUGCCCAUCAGUUUUCACCGAGAGUCCUGACACACCCUGUGAGGGUAUAAUGGGAUUCAACAGUGUUGCCGCCGAGCUUCAGGCUGAGUCUCUGAAGAUGAGAACUGGUAAUGAGGAAAAAGAGACUGAGGAAGUUCUCGUGGAGAAGAAAGCCAUGAAUUCAACUGGUGGCUCAAAAGCCAGCAGCAGCCAGCUGGUGGCGGCUAAGAAGACCUACUGGAACAAUCUCAUCGCUGAGAAGCAGAGUGAGGUAAAGAGUAAGGAUAAAGUGCAAGGCAGUGAAAGAAGCAAAGAGAAAAUACGAAAAGUCGAGGACAAAGAUUCCGAAACAGUGGCACAAGCAAUCGCUCCCUCGUCCUCAUCCGUGAGAGUUGCGGCUCAGAGAGAAUUAUUUUCCCACCCACCAGUAGACUCUGAGUCCAGCAAGGCUCCCACACGAAGUAAACAAGUAAGUGCCACCAUCCCCAAGCAUAAGGCUCACCACGAGCAGAAAAAACAAAGCAAUGACAAUGACAGAGAAAAAUCUGCAAAAGAAGCUGCAGCAUCAGCCUCGUCUUCUGCUCCUAAAAGUCCUUCACCAGUUCCCCUCGUGAAGGAAAGUGCACCCGCUACUGGCGAAGAUGCAGUACUGGACAACGAUGAAGAGAACCUAAAGAGAAACAUUGUGGCAGAAAAGAAAGGUUUCUGGGACGAUUUCAUAUCUAAGCGAGAGGAGGAGUUAAGGAAGGUGUCGGCCACUGAGACACAGAGACUCGUCAUUAGAAAGGACAACAGGAGGAGCCGAAAUGGAGGUGAAACUGAGAUUGAGGCACUGACUAACGCGGCAGUUCCUGAGGAAGCAGUGAGGGAUGUGACAUCCCUUGGCCGCACGUUGAGCAUCACUAUCAAGAGAGGGACCGUCAAGGCAAAUCAAACCAAAUACGAGACACGAGGUGAAGACGAGUACUCUAGGUGGAAGAGGACGAGAGUCCAGUGGCAGAAGAAAACCACAGGAGAGACAAAACUCCUUCAGCCAAAGGGUUUGCCAAGCGUAAGAGUUCCCAUCCACAUAACAAACACUGGUGUAAAAGACUGCCUGGCUCAGGAUAUACCGCCGGAGCCAGGGAGCCCUAUCCAGGGCAGCAUCAAGACCAAAACUGCAAGAAGGACCAGAGUACCCGCAUCCAAACCUCAAGAUGGACUCGACACUUCGGAUGAAGAAGAUGCUAGUAAAACCAGAGUGAAGCGGAGGACGAGCAUUGAGAUUCAGAGUGGGUUGGUACAGAAGUGCCGCUCACAAUGGGAGACUAACACGGCAAGGACCGGCUACUGGACGUGGAAGAGGCAGAAAGUAUCACCAGCCAAAGGCAAGGUAGUUUCGCAACAUAUCUGCACCCUCUCUACGAGUAAGGCAACUGGGAAGGUGCCCUUAAAGAGCCCGUCUCCUCCCUCCCCAAGAAGGCCUUCAUCCAGUAACCAACAGACCCUCAGCCCUUCCACCAGCCCGCGCAGACUCACCCCAGAACGAGCCUCCGCCUACGGCCAAACAGUCGGGUUGCCCGUGCAGAAAGGUAGAGACUUCUGGGAACAAGACAGGUCCAGAACACCAACCCCUCCACCAGUUGAGGUCCCAAGGCGACCCCUCACCCCGGACGAGGCGCACCAUUACCUGAGCAGCAUGCGCGGCAAGGUGGCGCAGCAAAGACGAAGAUUUGAUAGUUUGGGCAGCGUCAUUAGCUCCAGCAGUGCUGGAAGUCUGGACAGUCUAGAUAGUAUUCUGGAACCCCAAGGCGGCGAUAACCUUCCCAUGAGCUCUCGUACAAGUGAACAACCGCCGCCUGUGGCUCCAGGAAGGCCCAGCAUUGCAUCCUUGUCGGGUACGGUGGGUCGCCAGAGGGAGCUGUGGGAGAGCAAGACCAAGGUCAUGCCACCGGUGGGAAGCAAGACAAGUCCCAUUAUUGCCAAGAGGAGAAUCCUGGAGCGCCGCCACUCAGCGGAGGUGCUGCCAGUGGUGGGAGUGGAGGGCAAGGCCGAGGCUGAAGACGAGGGAGAGGCGGAUGUGAGGGCACUGCAAGAGGAGCAGGAGAGACGGACGAUCCUCUACGUUCUCCACAACACGGUGGAGGGCGAGUUACUCCUGGAAACUUUCACUGACUUCGACCAAGACUCUCGGAGGCCCCGCGCCGAAUCCGGCCAUGAUGUCACGCAAGGGCACGAACCCCCCAAGGAUGGGUCGCUCCACCCGCCGCAGCCUGCCCACAGAAGGAAGAGGCGGAUGGAUGCCAGCACAGGGCGCCCGGCGGACCGGCAGGGGGAAGACCGCUCAGGUAAAGGCCCGCGCCCCGCUAGUCCCCUUCCCGACCUGCCACUCCUGCUUCCCCCCGCGCCCCCCCUCCAGUCGGGUGGUGUGGACGAUGGCUACCUGAAGUACAAGCACAACUUCACGUCUGUCAGGCAGCUGUUUGAAACAGGGAUGAGGGAAGUUGGGGCAGACUUUCGUCCUCACAAAGAAACAGGCGAUGUGAAAGUCACUAAUGCCGACAGUUUGGCGACGCUUGCUCCCAGUGGAGACCUCGUGGAAACCCGAAGCAGUCCCGCCUCCUUAACGCCACCGCCGUCCCCAUCCGGCACUGUAUCGCUCUCAUCCCAGACAUCCCAAAAUAUUCCUGACUCCUUGGCGCCCUCCACGACCCCGACCACCCCGAUUCCCCAGCAGGAUCCGGGGCCGCCUCUUGAAGUUGGCGUUGCUUGGGAGGCCGAGACCCAGACGGAACCUUACACCGAGGAGGUUGUGUUUUCCAGAACUGUACUGGUGAACAUGGGCUGCCAGACAGAUGAUGAGGGGGAUGAGGGGCGCCACAGCAGCUUGCAGAAACAGCUUCAUCGCAGGAUGACUCGGACACCCAGUCCUGUGAGAGACCAGGAAAUUCAAGUGAUAGAGGAGGAUUUAGUGAACCCUUUGAAACGACUCUUGUCUCAGAGGACACGCAAGUAUGACCUUCUCGAGAUGCCACACCUCAAGCGUCGCGUCUAUCAGCGCCGCAGCGGCUUUACCCACCAGAGGCGCCGCACUCUGUCCGCUUCGGACAUGCCAUAUCACCAGCACUGGGAUGCACCAGGCGUAGCAGAGGCCUGGGGGGGUCCGGAAGUAACGGCGGUGUCGGGCAUGACAGAAAUUAUGCCCCAGUGGUGCAAGCCAAAAUGGGCAGCAGCAUGGAGCGGGCCCGUAGGGUCGUGGAACAGGCCAGAGGGCGCGGCAGAAUGGAGUGGACCGGAAGUGGCGAUGGCGUCAAACAAGACGAAAAUUAUGUCGCCGUGGUGGAAGCCGGAAGAAGCAGCGACGUGGCAUGAGCCGAAGGUGGCGUGGGACAGAUCUGAGAUGGCGUGGGAUACGCCCGAGGUGGCGUGGGACACACCCGAAGUGGUGUGGGGUAAGCCCGAGGUGGCGUGGGGCAAGCCCGAAGUAGCGUUGCCCCAGUGCCUUGACGCCUCCCCACCCAAUAGCGGUAGCUUUGGCCUCACGGACUCCUCCUCCCUGGUGGCCUCGCUGAGGAACCUUGGUCAAGACCUGCCCUCAGCUUAUCCUGAUGCUCUUCCGCAAGACGACCUUGCUGAUCUUGAUCCAGACAACUUCUCACUCUUCCCCGAGAAUGAAAUCGGGUGUCUCGCGCUACGGCACGUCCCUGGAAGUAUGGUUGCUGCUCUGAAUUCUUCCCCGGUGCGUGUCAGUAGAAAUACCGGCUGAGACACGCUGGUUUCCACUCCUACCCUCCUCCUGGGCCUGUAGCCUCAUAGACAAAGUUAGUCUGGUAUCCGGUAUGCUACACGCAGGGACCAACCUUCAGGUACCGCUAUCCGUAGUGUAACUGUGACCUAGUUCCUAGAGAGACUCCGCCAGCAGAGCGCGAAGCAAACCUCACCGAGGCUCCGGCACUAUUCCUGUCGUGUUUGGCAUUUGCUGCAGUCAGGUUCCUUCAGAGUGAAAUCCAAGCAUUGAAUAAAUGGAUGUUACGAUGUGCACUUGUAGCACUGCGGCGCCGCGGUGACCACCUUCAGUGCUCACUCAUUAUACAAAAGUGCGUUUCAGGAGCUGAGAGUGAGGUGUGUUGUACUGUGUGUGUGUGUGUGUGUGUGUGUGUGUGUGUGUGUGUGUAUUCCCGGUGAAGCACAGCCUGCUCUCCUCCACAGGU